CGACUGACACACCUGCUCAGUGUGAGAUCAAUGUCUCCAACAUGGCCAUAGACUUUAUGAUGCUGCUCGUUGGCCUCUGUGGGCUGGCUGGGAAUGGACUUAUUCUCUGGCUCCUGCACGUUAAUGCCAUCACCCACUUCAUCUCCAAACAGGCCAUCAUCGACUUCCUCUUCCUCAUCUUCAUGUUGCCCUCCACCCUGCUAUUCCUUGUGGAGGAGGUUUCCUGCUCUGCUAUAAUGCCCCUGAUGUAUUUGAGCUUGCUUUUCCAGCUGUCGCUGUUCACCUACAUUAUAGGGCUGUACCGGCUGACAUUCAUCAGCAUUCAGAGAUGCAGAUCCAUCCUCUGCCUGGUAUUCUGUGGUUGCCAACUGCCGGAACACUUGUUAUGGGUGUUGAUGACUGCCCUGUUCUGGGUCCUCCUCUUCGUUUUCAUCGCUGUCAAUCCCACUGUGACUGCCCUGUGCCAGUCACAUGAGCAGGAGCAAUGCCAGGUGGCUCUCACCUCCAUGUACGCCCUCAACCUCUUUCUAUUUGCUGUACCCAUGGUCAUUUCCAGCACAAUCCUCUUCAUUCAUCUCAAGCCUGGCUCCCGGCAGCAGCCCCACAAGAGGCUUGACAUUGUUGUCUUCCUCGUUGCACUCUUCAGUCUGCCCCUCAGUCUCUGGUUUCUCCUACAGCAGCUCGGUUACACAGUUGUGUCCUCCCAGGCGCUUUUCCUACUUGGCUGCAUCAACAGCAGCAUCAAACCCUUCAUCUGCUUCUUGGUGGGGAGCUGGAAGAGAGACUGCUCCAUGGGGAGCUACUGCAGACACUGCUCCCUGGAGAGCUGCAGGAAGCACUCCUCCAUCCAAUCCCUAAGGGAGGCGAUCCACAGGGUGUUUGAGGAGCCAAAAGAAAACACUGCCUCUGGAAAUGAUCCCUCUGUGGACACAGGGGUCUGAGCCUCUUGAUCCCUUCCACUGCACUGCUGAAGUACCCCGGGACAGUGGCUGAGAGAUGCCUUGAGUCUCCUGAUAAGUAAAUACCCACAGGAUCACCCUCCUUGUGCUGCUGCAUCCCCAGCCCCUUUCCAGGCCGCUCUGGGCUCUGAUCCGUGCUUGGGAGACCUCAGCCUUGAGGAGCAGCCCCUGGGCUCAGCUUCUGUGGAGCUGAUCAGAAACACCCUCUGCUCCCAGUAACUGCUGCUGUCCAACCACCUCCUAGGCUUUUAUCAACAGCCUUGGAAAUUCUUGUACUGCCCUGGAUGCCACAGCAUCCCUGCUCUGCCACUGUCCCAGCAAGCUGCCGGCCCCAAGUGUGGCCAGGCUGAACCAUUGCUGUGAGUGCCGCCCAUGCCUUGGGGCCCUGUGAGCAGCGGCCCCAAAGGAGAGCCUUGGAGCUCUGCUGGGCCCAGCAGCGCUGAGCAGAAGCUCCCUGGCACUGGGGCCUCUCCCAGCUGGGAUCUCUCCCGGCUGCUGCCCUGGGCUGAUCCCCGAACGCCCACGGCUCCUGGGCCCAUCCCCCCAGGGCUCCAGGCCCAGCCCUUGGCCCAGGGAGGAGAUGCAAAGGGAUCCGCAGGGAGCAUUUCACUGCCUGCCAGGGCAAUUGCUCACAGGCACCUUGCACUCACUCUGCCUGCCUGGCUGGCUGUGUGCACACACGUCUGCAUCUGCUCCGGCAAAUGUGGCAGAAAUGCUGCUCUCUCAGCUGUGUUAGUACCUGAGACAUCUCACUGGGGCAGGCCUGGAAGCAAGGUUAAGGCAUGAGAUACCAUUCCAGCUAAAUGCUGUUCAUGUCCUUUCUUUGUUAAAUUGUUUAUUUUCAUGUACAAAAGCAGGAAUGGCUGGGGGAAGCACAGACACUGCUCAUGGUCCUGGGUGGAGCAGGGCAGGAGCAGGGCUCUCAUAGGGGAAAAGACGGAGCCAGGGAGGGUCUGGAAGUUCUGAGAGGUGUCUGGAAGAGUUCAGGAAGGCUCUGGGUGCCGACAAUCCCAAAUCUCCCCACUGGAGGAGUGCAGAGCUUGCCGGCAGCACUUGCAGUGGAGGAAUGGCUUCGUCUUGGAAAGCUGUGGGAUGUGAUAGGAUGGGGUGAUGAUGGAGAUGGGAUUGGAAUAGGAUAGGAAACCGCUCAGCUGUGCUUCCUUUGGCCCUAAGAAUGUUUUUGCAAUGAUCAUGGAGCUGUUCCCAGAAUGGGAGUUGUUUCUGAUAAGCAGACAGAUGCUUCAGCAGCAUUGCCAGCAGCAUUCCAGUGCCACCAGCGUCACCAUCAUCUCUCUGCUGCUGGAGGGACAAUGACCUCUCAGGGAAGAGAAAUGAGGAAUGGUAGAAACCUUUCAGGUAAGGGAAUGCAGUUGAAGAAUGGGACACUCUCCUGGGAAGGACUGUUUCUAAUUAGGGGAAAAUGAGGACAUAUUUACAAAUGUUAUAAACAGGUGCUAUGGUGAUUCACUCUCAGAAACAUUGAAUGAAUAUUACGUGUGUUAUAAUGUUCAAAGAAGCUCUGUUAAAAUUUGGAGUUUUUCCAACGUGAGUACUGCGUUCAUGUUGAGAGUUGUCAUGCUGAUCUCUGACCAUUGUGGGGAGCCGAAGCCCGAAGCGCUGCACAAGCUCGGGGAAGGCGGGACGGAGGAGGAGCUGUGCUGGAAAAGCGGAAUGUGUCUGAAUGCCAGGGUUGGAUUACCAUGGGGUUGGCUUACCAAGAGGGUACGAAGCCUGUUUCUGUUUUGGGCAGUGUAGCUCUGGACCUUAUUUUGUCCCGUGUUGUAGUUUAAUAAACUUUCUAAAAAUUUAAGAAGUGAGGCAUCGUUUCUCACAACAACCAAAAAGACUACUUGAUUUGUAGGGAAAAUGAAAAAAAAAACAAGAUCAAUAACUCAGAGACUGUGGAGCAAUGACGGAGGAAAAUUUGUAAAACCAUUUCCGACUGCCCAAAGACUACACCGAGCCCUGGGAAACAACAUCAGGACAUGGCACAGAGAGAGCCAGCAGGACGGGAAUGGGCAGCUCCUGGUGAGCUGGGCACUUUCUCUUCAUGUCCCUGACCUGGCAGGAGCCGCUUUAGGACAUGGAUCCCAAAGGAGCAAGAGGGACCAGGAAGCGCCGCUGAUCUGCACAGACCCCUUUGCCUGCUGCUGCCCCACAGGGAACAGGUCCUGGAGCACUCUUCCCCAAAUGGAUCCUUCCCAACACAGCUGUGAUCCCAAAAUUCCCCUGGCACCUGGUUCCUGCAUCCCACUGAGUCUGCUAUCAAGGAACAGCACCGUGAACCCUGAGCUGCCUUUGCCCCCUCUACCAGCGCUUCCCGGCUUCCUCUGGCUGCUACUGCCAGCCGGGAAUGUGGCUGGAGGGAGGGGACACGGCCAUGGCUUGUGCUCCCUAGAGCAACCACGAUCCCCAGUGCCAGAGCUGGGCUGGCACAGACACGAUGGCCCAGGGGCUCAGCAUUCCCCACCCCGAGUGCUCUUGCUCCAGCCUCCUCUCCCCAUCCUGCCCCGAUGCUGGCAUCCUUCUGAGAUUGUUCAUUACUGCGUGCAUUUGCCUCCCAGCAUGAGAAUCCCUCUCCACCGACUUCAUCCUGCUCCAGCGGGAGCGCGGGGAGCAGAGCCCAGGAGCCCCCGAAACCGAGAUCAAGGCUGUCAUCGUCGG